AUGAGGUUGAGUAAAGUUACUGUACUCGACGGGGCACUAGACCUCAUCCUGUCGGGUUGUUUGGGCCUCUGCUCGUUGAGGAUGGAUUACUGUGAGUUUCGUGAUUCGAAAUUGCUUAUCCGUAGACCCAACCUUCGACUGGAGCAUCUCAACAUCCCAACCUUCGACUGGAGCAUCUCAACAUCGAGGAGUGCGGAGGGGUGCAAGAGAUCAAGCUUUGUGCCGACAAUCUCGUUACGUUUGAGUUACAGAGCCAAAGUUAUCAAGCUUGGUCGGACUAACACGAAUAGUAACCUUAGACAGUUAAGGUUGCGGUUUUCUCAUACAGCCUACACGACUAUGCUUGUGGUGAUAAUUCCAAUCCUGCGGAGUUGCCCGCUCUUACUCGAGUUUCACUUGGAUACUGAAUCUGUGGAAAGUGAUGGCCCUGAAGCAAUGAGACCAGAGACAGCAGAAACUCAUUCACAGUUGAAAAAAGUGGAAAUAACAGGAUUUUGUGGAUCAAGAAACGAAAUCGAGUUUGCGCUGUACGUACUCGAAAAUACAAGCUGUCUGGAGCAAAUGCAGAUAAGCCGGUGUCCCAAGUGGCACUCUGACACUGGGUUUGACAAGCCUCGGUGGAGUCAACAGACACGGGAAAGCAUGUGCCGACAGUUGCAAGGCCGAGCUCUUUCGGGGACCACACGAGUAAUUAUUCGGCAUUUUCCUGCGUACGAUGACACUUGGUCGACACGUGAGACCGAUUAUGAUGGUCAUUGUAUUUGUUGA